AUGACUUCACUGCUACGAAUCCAACCGCACCUGCGCGCCCCUUCUUCCAUCGCCUACCUCGGUCGCACGGCCUUCAACCUACCUAGCCAGCGAUACUACGCUCAGAAAUCCUCGGAGAAGUCUGAAGAAAGCCAUGCUGAACGCCAGGAUAAGAACGACGCUUCAACCAGGCAUCCCAACCAUCCGAUUCCCUCCAACAAAGCGGAGCCUACUCUUCGCGAUGGAAAACAAUCCCCUAUUGCGGAUCAUGAGGGUAAUCUCAGGGACGACCUUCCAGAGGAUGUGAAGAAGCACAAUGAAGAUGUGGAGAACCGAUACGACAAACCGUACAACCACAUUGGGGAUGGCGGCAAAACUGAGCCGGUCUGGAAGAAAUAA